UCGUACUGUGUACUGCAGUGCGAUCCGGUGAGACGUUUUAUUUAUAUAUUAUUAAAAUAAGUUAAAUGUAUGGCAAGUAUCUAACAGCUUUAAAUCAUGACCUGAACAACUGAGCACCUGCAUUUAAAUGGACAGUAGCAGAGGAGGAAGAGGAGGGAGAGGAAAUCGUGGUGGAGAGGACAGAGAUGUCCGCCUGUCGAAGUCCUUGUCGUAUGCUCUUCGCCAUGGCGCCAACCAGAUGGGUCUUCAAAUGGGAACAGAUGGCUUCAUGUUUGUGGAAGACCUCUUGGCUCACCCGCAGUUCCGCUCAUACUCAUUGGAAGACGUCGAAAGAGUCGUGGCCACAAAUGACAAGCAGCGCUUCAAGCUCUGCCCUCAUCCGGAGGGCGGCCGCCUGCAGAUUCGAGCCAGUCAGGGUCAUUCAUUGCAGGUAAUGGAUUUGGAGCUGAAACCGGUCCUGACUGGUUCUCCAGACUGCCCUGCUGAGGCCGUUCAUGGAUCCUACCUCUGCAACUGGAGCUCCAUCCAGCAGCAGGGCCUGAGCCGCAUGAGGAGGACACACAUCCACCUGGCACCGGGCCUUCCUGGGGAGGAGGGCGUGAUCAGCGGUAAGCUGCGUGUGAGUUUGUCUGACAGCGAGAACCACAUUCCCACUUCCCUCAAACCCAUUUAUUGCCAUUCUCUGCCAGUCCACCAUGGCAGCUCUGAACAAACUCUCUACCAGAGGAGUGACAAGUUGGACCAGAAGAUUUCCCUCUAUAGCGGUGACAUCACCAAGCUGGAGGUUGAUGCUAUCGUCAAUGCAGGUGACUUUGUUGCGAUGUGUGUUUUACAAGAGCUUUUUACAGAGUCGCACGAUGCAAAGUAG